AUGCCUAAUUUUAUUCGCGAUAUCCAGAAGACGGACACUACCUCGUUCCCAUACAUCUUCGAGCAGAAUGUCACCGUUCGAACCAAGGUGGCCGGUGGUCUCAUUCGCUGCAAUGUAUAUCGACCCAAGACCGACGCGCGCUUUCCAGUGAUCGUGACCUACGGACCCUAUGGGAAGGACAUCCAUUAUGAAAUAUUCCAUCCCUCCUCCUUCGCCGAAGUCAAUCCGGAGCACCACUCGGCACAUUCAGCAUGGGAAACACCUGAUCCCGGAUUCUGGACCCGCCACGGUUAUGCGGUAGUGCGCGCUGACGAGCGAGGCCUUGGUCAAUCGCCAGGCGUAUUGGAUACCAUGUCCCGAGGAACGAGUGAAGCUUUCUUCGACCUGAUCGAAUGGGCGGCGGAGCAAAAAUGGUCCUCAGGAAAGGUUGGUCUGCUGGGUAUCAGCUACUACGGAGGUAGUCAGUGGCGCGUCGCUGCACGGCAGCCCAAAGGUCUCGCAGCUGUCAUCCCUUGGGAGGGGAUGUCAGACUACUAUCGCGAUCGCUGUCGACAAGGUGGCAUUCUGUCUAAUGGCUUCAUCAAAUUCUGGUGGAAUCGUCAGGUCAUCACCAACCAGUACGGGGGCCCAGGACGUGCUGCACGUAACUGGGGGCCCGACACCAUCGAGGGUGAUCUACCAAAAGAGGAACUGGCUGCAAACCGUCGCGAUCAAACGCAGGACAAUGUGGCGAACAGAUUCCGCGAUGAGCCAUACUACGCCUCCAAAGAGUAUACCAUGAGUGAUAUACAAGUGCCUGUGCUUAGCGUUGCCAACUGGGGUGGAAUUUGUCUACAUCUGCGUGGCAAUGUCGAGGGCUGGACUUGGGCAGGAUCCCCCCUGAAAUACUUGCGCUUCAUUACCGGUCGGCACGAUCUGCCCUUCUACUACCACGCGGAGGUGGAAGUCCAGCGCAGCUUCCUGGAUGCUUUCCUCAAAGGUGAGGAUCGUGAGGGCUGGAGUGUCCCUGGCAAGCUGGCCCCGGUCAGCAUUAUCCUGCGCAAAGGGGACGUUGGCUUCAACGAUGCGAAAGCCGAGCAGGCCUACCUCCGGCGGAGUGAGAAUGAGUGGCCCAUUGCCCGGACGCAGUACACUCCCUUCUUCCUGCACCCCGACGGAAGGUUAACCAUUGAUGAGACCGCAGUCAAGGACUUGCCUGUGACAAAAAUCUCUUAUCCUGCUCUGGGCACCCUCGACAACCCGCAGCUGCUGAGGGUUGAGACGGAGCCUUUCACGCAAGAGACAGAGAUUACUGGUCACAUUGUAGCACAUCUGAAUGUUUCGGUCACCCCGUACCCAGACAGUGAGAUUAUCCCCUCCGACAUUGAUCUUUUCCUCACGCUGCGACAUAUCUCUCCAGCUGGUCAGGAGGUCUUUUAUACAGGCACUGCCGGCGACCCUGUGCCUCUGACAAAGGGCUGGCUACGUGUCAGUUUGCGUAAGACUGAUCCCAAUCACCACAAGCACCGAGCAUGGCUGCCGCACCGAAACUACGUGAGCACGGACGUGGAGCCAGUUAUUGUGGGUGAUGUAUACACCGUGGACGUUGAGAUUUGGCCAACAAACGUCGUGGUGGAACGGGGAGGCAAAAUCGUUUUGGAAGUUGCCUCAGGCGAUACGCAGGGAUGCGGCGUCUUCCAGCAUGACUCCCCAAUUGAUCGGUCAAAGGAGAAGUUUCAUGGGCUCAACCACAUACAUUUCGGACCUCAGUUUCAAAACUACGUCUCCUUGCCCAUCAUUCCGCCAAAGGAUGACUGA